UGCAAGAGCAGCAAUGAGCUGACGAGAGAGCGAUGACGAAGAAGAGACCAAGACGUGCGACUCGCCGCCACUCGAUGAGUCAGUGCCAAGCGACGACCGUGGCGGUUGGCCACAUGCUCGCAGCGUUUCAUUCGACUCGGACGGGAUCCCAACGUCGGUCAAUCACGCACGCCACGGACCGAAUGAGGUGUGGAAGACCAUCCACAGGCUCAACCCUGCCGUGAUGCGCAAUGGCGCGCUUUACACGCACGUUUGCACGCUGUGUACAAGAAGUUUUGCCGCCAAGAAUGGUACACACAAUGCCUGGCGCGAGGGCCUUUACAGAAUGGCCAACACGUCCAACGCGAAGGACCACGUGAUGCGCAAGCACAAGUCGCAUCCGAUUGCGAUUGCCAUGGCCAAGAAAACGACCGGCCGGGUCAAUGGCGAUCUCCAAGCCUUCGACACGGCGCAGGCGGUCGACGCCCACGCGCCAAACGCGACUCAAGCGCCAGCCCAAGGUAUGAAAUUUCUUCCGCACGGUCGAUAA